AUGCAGCACGUCGAACGGGAAACGAUAGAGGCGACACUCACCAGGCCACCCGCGAACCAAUCGGCCGUACUGAUAUGCAACGGCUUACGGACGGACGAGACCGCCAUUCAUCCCGUAGCGUUUGGCAAGCGCUGCGAGACCGAGCACAACCUUCUCGUGCCCAUCGGAGACGCCAAGAGGAUCAGGAUCGAGAUCAGGGCUGAAGAGUGCAAGGGAGAAUAA